AAAAAAACUGGGCACUUUAUUUUUUAUUCUGAAUUGUGAUUUUUUUUUGCAAUUUAUUCUUUUUGCUGUUAUUGUUUGCUAAUCAACUGAUUUAGAGAAGAUAGUCCAGAUUCAAAAUUCUACAGUUUCUCCAUAACCAAACACAAUUCCUUUGUGUUUAUCUGUGUGGUAUUGAAAAGGGAAGAUUGCAGAUUUAUUAUGGGCAAUAAUAAGAGGUUUGGAGUUCUGUUAGCGGCAGCAGACAGAGAUUAUGUGAAGAAAAUGUAUGGAGGAUAUUUCAGUCUGUUUGUUAAUAUGCUGGGUGAGGAGGGCGAGAGGUGGGAUAUGUUCAGGGCCUUUGACCGGCAGCUGCCAAAAAUGGAAGACCUUGACAAGUACGAUGGAUUCGUUGUGACCGGAAGCAAAAGUGACGCUCAUGGCAAUGCUCUCUGGAUUCUGGAACUCUGUCAAUUGUUAAGAUGUCUUUACCAAAUGCGCAUCAAAGUGUUGGGGAUAUGCUUUGGCCACCAGAUACUGUGUAGGGCUUUGGGAGGCAAAGUGAGUAGAUCCAGUGCUGGAUGGGAUGUUGGCACAACUAAAAUACAUUUCAAUUCUUCCAUUCGUACAAAAGAAUAUCUCAGUGGAAUGAAAAUCCCAACCACUCUUUACUUAAAUGAAUUCCAUCAAGAUAAGGUGACAGAGAUCCCUUGUGGAGCAGAUAUAAUUGCCUUUUCAAAUAAAACUGAGAUUGAAAUGUUUUCAAUGGAUGAUCACAUAUUUGGAAUUCAAGGUCAUCCAGAGUAUAGUGGUGACAUUUUAUUUAAUCUUAUGGACAACCUAUGCAAUGAAGGAAUCUUAACAGAGGAAAUUGUAAAGAAGGCAAAAUAUUCAGUAGAACAAUACAGCACAGUAUCUGAAAAAGAAAUUUGGCAACAAAUUUGUAAAAGAUUUCUUAAAUAUAAAGUUACAUAAUUUUUUCUUCAGACUAUUAAAUUUUUUAUGGCUCUGAUAAAAUGGCUAAAUCAUAAGUCUAAAGGUUUCCAGCCCGUCCAGGGUACUAUGUUAUGCUGGGUUCUCUGAGAA